AACUUAAAGUCAUUUUCUUGGAAAAAACCAACCAAAAACAAGAAUGAACGAUCCGAAAGCUUGUGGCAGCCAGAAGCCAGCACCAGCGGUCUACAUGAUCCUCUCCAACACUCCCGAUGAGAUGAACGAUCCCACCCUGAGUCCGGGUCGUCGCCAGCUCCAGAAAUGGCUGGGCCGCCGCAUGAGAAUUGUCCUAACUGAUGGCCGCAUUCUGAUUGGCGUCUUUUCGUGCACGGAUCAGCAUGUAAACAUUGUCCUGACCAAGUGCCGCGAGUAUUUGGUGCAGGGCGGCCAAGGCCGAGCCCUACGCACCGUUAUGGUGCAGGGCAAGCACAUUGUGAACAUCUGCUUGGAUACUACACAGCUUUGAGUUGCUUUACUAACAUCAUCUGUACCAUCAAAUCGUGUACC